AGUCUCAUCAUUUAAUUAUGUUCGCUGUAACGUUCUAAAUAGAUAUAUAAUUUACGGCGCAUGAGUGUAGUCAGUGCUCUGUUUACUUACGAGUUCUUAGACAAGGAAACGGCAAUCAGAAGACUGAGGAUGGAGCUGAAGUUUUCAUAUGAAAGCCAACAGUGACUGACAAGAAAAAUAGAUAGUGAAGCCCAAUAUGGUUACCAUAGCAACUACACCCUAGGGACUAGACACGGUCCAUAUGAUUUCCUCAUUUCCCCUUCCCUUUAUUUCUUCACGUAGCAACUCAGAGUUUAUGAUACCAGUAGUGGUGGAUAAAUUAGGCCUACCGUUUUAUUCUUGAAAGUUAUUUUACAUGAGUUUGGUUUGAGACACGUAUGAAAUGUUUCAGUUCGAUAAGAAGAGUAAUGGUAACCUCGACAGUAGCAAGGACGGAUGUAUUAGAUUGUCCUAAAACAAUGACGGAAGUUGUCUGUCGAAAUCGAACAUGUCUAGACGUCAGACAAUUAAGCCUUGUUGAUCCAGUUAAUAUUUAAAAAAAGACAUUUCCUGAAGAAACUAUAUGAUCUUUGCUAUGGAGAUUUCUCGUGGCACCUCAAUGGCCAGUUCUUUCAGCCGCAGCAAGAAGCUCAGCAUUAACCGCAACCGAAUCCCAGUUCCCCUGGAACCACUGAAAGACAAUCAAAGCAUGGAUCCCAGGGAGAGGACUUUUCUGGAAGCCGCUGAACGUGGUGACAAGCACACCAUGAUUCGCUGUCUUCAACUGCCAAAUCCUGUCAACGUAAAUUGCACUAACAUUCUGGGCCGUAGCGCUAUCCAGAUCGCUGUUGACAACGAAAAUGUGGAGAUUGUGGAGCUUCUCUUGCAACAAGAACAAGUAAAAAUUGGAGAUGCUCUUCUCUAUGCUAUUCGCGAAGGGGUUUACAAAAUCGUUGAGAUGUUGAUCAAUCAUCCCAGCAUCACGACGGGCAUGCUGGCCAGUGAUUGGGCCAAGAGCCGCCAACAAGGUGAUGAAAGUUCAGACUACAGUCCUGAUAUCUCCCCUGUUAUUCUUGCCGCCCAUUGCAACCAGUUCGAGAUUUUACAGUUACUACUGUCACGAGGAGCGAUGAUCGACAAGCCACAUUCUCUUUCGUGUUGUUGCCAGAAAUGCCAAGAAGGAAUGCUAACAGACAGUCUGCGAUACUCCCUACGGAAGAUUCACACCUACCGAGCUUUAGCUAGUCCGGCGUGGAUCUCACUGACUAGUGACGACCCCAUUCUGACUGCUUUCAAGCUCUCUUGGGAGCUUGAGUACCUAGCCAUGCGGGAAAACGAAUUUAAGGACAAUUACCUGGAGCUGAGUAAUCAAUGCAAACGCUACUCUUGCGAUCUUUUGGACCUCUGCAGAAGCACAGAGGAAGUUAUCGCUGUCCUAAAUAAGAAGUCAGACUCGGAUUCUGACGACGAGGACGAUGCUGACACAGAAAAGUUGACUCUAGCUCGUCUAAAGCUAGCGUUGAAAUAUGAACAAAAACAGUUCGUAGCCCACCCCAACUGUCAACAAUUGCUGACGUCCAUCUGGUAUGAGGGUUUGUCCGUAUGGCGACGAUGGAACGGGGUCAUGAAGAUGCUAAUGUGCUUCGGUCUAAUCGCAUGUAUGCCACUGAUUGCUCUAUAUUACUUGUGGUUCCCCAGGUCUAAGCUAGGCCGUGUUGUCCGAUCACCAUUCAUGAAGUUCAUCUACCACAGUGCCUCUUUCGGUUUCUUUCUUCUUCUGCUGGUACUGGCAUCCACUCGAUUAGAGGGAUCUGAACGGUCAAGGCAAAACAUUCGUGGACCUCCGCCGUCCUUGGUGGAAUGGUUGGUUUUCUUCUGGGUUACAGGGAUGGUGUGGGCGGAAUGUAAGCAGCUGUGGGAAGAAGGAAUCAAGGCCUAUGUACGACAGUGGUGGAACUGGUUAGACUUCAUCAUGUUAUCCCUCUACUUGGCCACUUUCUCUCUCAAAGCCGUGGCCUUCUUUCAGAUCCAAAGCGACCAAUACGGGCCUCGGAUCCUGGAGCGCGCACGCUGGCCUAACAACGACCCCACUCUUAUUGCGGAGGGCGUGUUUGCUGUGGCUAAUGUCUUUAGCUUCGCACGAAUCAUCUACUUAUUCCAGACCAAUCCGCAUCUAGGACCACUGCAAAUCUCACUCGGUUGUAUGAUCAUCGAUAUCGCAAAGUUUCUCUUCAUUUUCUUCUUAGUGCUGACAUCAUUCGCAUGUGGCCUAAAUCAGCUUUACUGGCAUUAUGAUGCUGACACAGAGUUUUGUGAAACGAAGGUAAUCGGGGGCGAAAACGUAACCGUUAAUUGUUAUCGCAACACAGACGCUUUCAUUACCAUAGACUCCAGCUACACAACCUUGUUGUGGUCUUUGUUCGGCGUGAUCCCUGUAAAGGAUCUGAAGGCUAGAAAGGAUCAAGCCUUUACUCAGUGGGUUGGCCACGCUCUUCUGGGUGCCUACAUGAUUAUGGCCAUGACCGUUAUGAUUAACAUGCUGAUUGCUAUGAUGAGCCGCUCUUUUCAAGACAUCGAAGAUCAUGCAGACAGGGAAUGGAAGUUUGCACGAUCCAAGCUGUGGAUGGGCUAUUUCGACGAAGGUUCCACUUUACCACCCCCUUUCAAUAUUAUAAUUAGCCCCAAGUCCAUUUUCUACUUUCUUCGGGCGUUAAAACAUGUCUGUAUAAAAAUGUUUGGCAACGCUUCGAUGCGGCGACGGUCGUUCGACGCUUCUAAAAGUAGUAUCAAGCCUGAACAUCGAACUAUUGCCUACAUCAGCGAUCCUGGAGAGAACAAGUACCUCAAGGACCCAUCAAACUUAAACGGUGCUACGGUGCGAGUAGGCCCAGCUCCUAGCAGAAGCAACUCCAACUACCAGGAGGUGAUGAAGCGGUUAGUAAGUCGUUAUAUUCACCAAACCAAGAAACAACUUCGCCAAGAUGGAGUAAACGAAGAUGAUUUACUAGAAAUCAAACAAGACAUAUCAAGCUUAAGGUAUGAACUACGUGAGGACAGAAAGCGUGAGGCAGCUAGAAACAGUGGUCAGAUUGAAAGUAUCAAGAGGGAUAUCAUCCGUUCGCUGCGAGGUAACCAGAUAAUGCUUCACUCUAGUCCAGAGUUUGGACAAGACUCACAGUUUGGUCUAUUAUCUCACCAUGAACUAGAGAGUCUGAAGCGAGAAAUUGUUGGGAGUCUGAGAGAAGAAAUUAGAGGCAUGUUACGAGAAGUAACGCAGUUAAGAGCUCCCCCAGCAGUCCCUCCUAUGGCCUCAGAUCUUUACCAGACGCACCUCUACACACAGCUCUGAAUAAUCGCAAACUGAAAUCAAGUGCCACGCCAUCAAGAAAGACUAAUUUUAUAGUUUGCACGUAUUUGAUUUGAAAACACGAAUUGAUUAGGACAUUGCUCAACCACUGUUAGCAGUCGACACAUUGCUAAGAUUAUACAAUAUUAUAAGUAAACGCCAGUUUGGAAUAGUUUAAACUGAGAAAUUAGUGAAUCAUCUACUACUCUUACAAAAAGACAUUGAUGUUACUUGAAAAUCCCGUCGUAAUAAUAAUUAAAGUAUUAUAAAAGCCUGAUAAUCUAAGCGAUUACUAAAGUGAGCCGACUUUUCUUCAUCAGAGAUUAAUUUUGUUUUCUACGACAGAACGCCUAAUUCCCAAAAGCACUUGGAUAAAUACAUUCCUGAACAUUUUAAAGACAAAGUGCAACUAUCAACGAAAUAAAGAAAAUUGAAGUACUUUAUUUAGACUGAACAUUUCUGCCAAUUAAUUGUACCUCGUUGUAAAACUUGUAGAAUAAAAAAAAAUUACAGUAUGUGUUAUACAGGAAAUACAUUAUCAGUUCAUCUUGUUGAGAUCAGUUUAUAUAAUGUAUUUGCCUUGAAUGUAUCUGAAAAGAAAUGUAAUAACUAUUAGCAAUAACUUUUUCUACCUUAUAAAAAUGUUCUAACAACUUUAAUGCCACUGUUAACUUGAUAAGAUAAAUUUUGUGUAGAGAUUAAAUAGUGCAGUAACUUAAGUAUGCUAGAGACUUGUCUGGUGUAAAUAUACGUAUUCUAUGCACCCUGGAAUAGCUUUGAAUCAGUAAAUUAACUGAUAAAUUUAGGUAAAAAAGUUGUUUUUAUAGACUGGGAUCUAAUAAGCGACUUGGCUGCGAUAAACAAAAUCUUUGUUUUCCAAAUCUACUCUUAUGUGUAACAACUUAAACCAUAGGAUGAUUACACAAUAGCAAUAACUAUUUAAUAACUGUAGAUUGUUGUAUCUUAUCAUCCCCGAACAAUAAUAAUAUUGUUAUGCAGUGGAUUUUCAACUGCACUCAUCUAGACGUUAGUAUUAGGCCUGAUACAUUUUUAAAAACUACAUUCAUAAUUUAAUCCCUUGUGGAUUUUCAAGAACUAGAAGACUAUGUAAUGAUAGUAUUCCAACCAAAACAUACUUGUCAUAUCAUUGUCGACGGCUAUAUCAAGAAUACAAUGUUUAAUGUAUUAGGCCUAAUACUAACAUCUUAUGAUAUAUGCUAAUCAUUGUAAUCAUUAUUUGCCAAUUGGAAAAGAAUACACACAAUAACAACUGCACUCUUCUAGGUUUAGUACAUAACUCAUAGAGUUGUUAAAAAUAAUAUAUGAGUGACGAGUAGGUACGAGUUUUAUGCGAGAUAACUAAACUUUGAUUAGAAAUUUAAAUGCUUAAGUCUUCAAGGUUAAAACCUUAAAACUAGCUAUAAAGCUUUUUUUUUCUUGUUGGUUUUUCUCUUUGUAGUCGCAUGAGAGAAAAAUUAAAAUUUAUAGGUUUCUGAUCAGUUUUUGAGAAUUUAUUUUUUUUCAUAUUUGUUUCAACAAGAAUAAUUUGUUUUUCUAUGAAAAGAGGCAACAAUAACUAGAAUUAACGGAUAUUUUUCUAUCAUAUAUUUUGUGUGUGUGUGUGUAUGUGUUGCUCACUAACAAAUGUUAUAGCCAUUUAUUGGACCCGGUAUGGCCAAGUGGUUAGAGCGCUUGACUCGCAAUCUAAGGGUCGCGGGUUCGAAUCCCCCUCCCAUCAAAUA